AUGGAGUACCUCGAUCGGCACAAGGUUCCUCUUCUCUUAACGCAAGCAUACCGGAAGAAGAAAUCGACACCUACGCCCCCAGGACCGAGAAAAUCAGCAACCCGGGCGAUCAGCAAAGAAGAGCCGAGAGAGGUAAAAGGUAUUUUGACACGCUCUGGGGCGGACCCGAAGAAGGAGAAGCCCAACGAGUUCGGGCUUCCAAAUACUACGCCGAUACCUGUAAGGCAUCUUAAUUUGAUGAGGGUCGUUUUUCCUGCUGAAUUCUGGGGUUUGACAGGUCUUUUAAACAUCAAGGCCAACUACGAGAUGUGGAUGAGUGAGGACUCUAUACUGUCCUGGACCGAAACGCAGUUGUGCAAUGUAGCUUUGCUCAUAUGCAACAACUCGCCGGUACAAGCAGGCUGGCAUAUGAAUGGCACACUGAGACACGGAGCGUCCAGAGACCAAAUCCAGUUUUCUCGAGAUCUGGCGCUGGCAGUGGCACGGCAGUUCAAUGCGAAGACUGGCGACAUUCCAAGAGUGGAGGACCUUAAGGUGUAG